CGUCAGCAACGCGGGAGACUGCAGCUUCAACUUCACCGACAACAAUUUCAACUUUCACAAAUAGCAACUUCAGCUGCCGAAGAUGUCGUCCUGGAGGUGUUCCAGAUAUAACCUGAGAUCCUGUAACGUCUACGGCCGAACUCGUGCCAGUUCCUGGCUGAGAGAUGACCCCUGGAUACGGGCCGCCUCUCCAAGCAGCGCUGGCGCAUCUCAGGGCGAUACUUCGGAACCAGUUAUUACUCGGCCCAAACCAGAAAUAACAACUGUUUCUGAGCCCGAGUUGGCAACAAAACUCCACGUCACAGGGGUCGACUUCCACAUUGCCGACAACGUCGAGAGCCACAACACCGACAUGUAUGAAUGUACACAGGACCGGGUCAGUGGCGACAUCAAAAAGAAGGCUCAGCUGGUAGUCCGGAGAGGUCAAGAGUUCAAGAUGACGAUCAACUUUGACAGAAUGUAUGACAUAAAGAAGAAUGAUAUGACUUUGACUUCACUCUUGCUGUAUUUGUGUUUACCUACAGGAAGUGAAGAUGAUGAUAAGAAGAGGGUCAUUAAGUCUUUCAGUCUAGAGGAAUCUAAGGCUGCCCCCUACAAACCCCGGAAGUGGGGAGCGAACCUGGUGAAGAAGGCGGGAAAGUCUCUAACAGUGUCAGUAUUCAUUCCCGCGUCUUCGCCCGUCGGGGAGUGGGAGGUCAGCGUCAACACCGUCGUGGGUGUCAAGGACGGCGAAGACAUCGUCUGGACGUACACUCAUGGCGAAGAGGUGAUCGUUCUCUUCAACCCCUGGUGUAAAGAGGACUUGGUUUAUAUGGCUGACACAGACUGGCUCAACGAAGCCGUUCUGAAUGACUCGGGAUGCGUGUAUCGUGGCUUCUACAAAUACGAGGAUCCAUGCUCUUGGUACUUUGGACAGUUUGAAGACGAGAUCCUCAAUGCGUCUCUUCACCUGCUACAGAAGGCCUUCGGUUUUGAGGCUUCGCCAGCCUUGGGGAACCCCGUGAGAGUUACACGUGCCCUCUCCAAGAUUGUGAACUCUAAUGACGAUGAGGGAGUGUUGGUGGGCAACUGGUCGGGUACAUACUGGGCUGGUACGCCACCCUCCAAAUGGGUUGGGAGUGUGAAGAUUCUCAAACAAUACAUGAGCACAACAAAACCAGUGAAGUAUGGGCAGUGCUGGGUUUAUUCCUGUGUCCUCACUACAGUGUGUCGGGCGCUAGGAAUCCCUUGUAGGAGUGUCACCAACUUUAAGUCAGCCCAUAACACAGACAAGGACCAUCUGAGCAUUGACAGGUACAACUACAAGCUGCCGAAUGGAGACUUUGAAGAGGAGAAAAUAGACUCCGUGUGGAAUUUCCAUGUGUGGAACGAGGCGUGGAUGAGUCGCCCUGACCUGGAGGACUCCGAGGAGAGAGAGGGGGUAUACGACGGUUGGCAGGUCAUAGACGACCCACAGGAGGAAAGUGACGGCGUGUUUCAGUGCGGUCCUUGCCCUGUGGCGGCAGUUAAGGAGGGGCGUGUUCAUGUCGGCCUCGACACUGCUUUCGUCUUCGCCGAGGUGAACGGGGACAAAGUUGAGUGGCUGGUUAACCGGAGCAAAACGAAGUUCAUACAGCUGUCAAGGAAGAAAAACGAUGUUGGCAAGAGCAUCAGUACCCAUGCGCCGACCGGCAAGCCCUUCAAUAAGGACAAAGAGGAAAGUGAAAGGCUGGAUAUCACUCAUGAAUACAAGCAUGAGGAAGGUUCUAAAGAAGAACGUGCAGCUGUCCGUCGGGCAGAGCGGGCGUUUAGGUUGGCCAACUUUGAAGGAAAAGAAGGGGAGGAGCCCAUACCAGUAGAGGCCAUUGAACUUACCAUGGAAGAGAUUGGCGCCGUGUACUUGGGUUCUGAGUUGGUGUUCAAGUUGACCGCAAGGAACACAGGCGACAUGACUCGCACAGUCUCCAUCGCCAUGAAAUGUAGUAAUUCCGACUACACCGGCAAGUUUGAGGUGGUUUUAGCUGAGAAGAAGGAGACCAACCUCGUCAUGAAGGUUGGCGCUGUGAAAGUGAUGACCUUGAAGAUUGACACCUUGGAAACUCUCAAGACUGCAAUAGGACGCACAUACACGUGCAGUGUCCUUGCAUCAGUCAAGGAAUCGGACAGCACUGUGAAGACAUCGGAAAGGGUGAAUGUGCGCAAUCCGCCCCUGGAUAUAACGGGACCUGAGACGUGUAAGAAAGAGGGCGAGGUCACCGCUACUGUGUCCUUUACCAACUCCAUGAAAGUUCCUCUCACCAAUUGCAAGCUGAGCGUGGAGGGCAGUAUGAAGUGUGUGGACAAGACACAGGAGGAUAUGGAUAUAGGGACCAUCGGUGCGGGGAAAACGUGGUCUGUGAAGAUGCUGCUGAAGAUGGCGAAAGUCCCGGAGAAAAGGCCGAUGAGAUUCAUCAAUAUGGUAUUGUCAAGCGAAGAGAUUACGGAUGUGACGGGGAUAUACGUUGUCCAGCUCAUCUGAAUUACUUUCAUCAUUCACAACCUUCGUACUUUGUGCGUCAAGGUAUCACGUGAAGGCGGAGACUGCCAAUGCAAACGCCCAUAAAAUCCCUCAGUAUAUCUCAGUAUAUCGGUGUUUCAGAUCGCCAUUGUGGCAUUGCUUAUGUCAUAAUUGUGUCUUCAUUCAAAAAGAGCGCCGCAACCGUUCUGUCAACAUUUGUUUUUUGCAUAUAAAAAUGCCUAUUUUUCUUGUCGAGAUAAAGAUUUGUAACUAUGUAAUUUGCAACAAAUGAUAUUUUUAGCUCAGUUAGUUUUGCACAGAUGUUUUGCACAGAUUAAAUGUAUUGAUACUUGCUAUACGUAUUUCCUUCCAUAAUCAUUUGUCUUCAAAAGUUAAAGAGUUUUGCACACAUAAAAUGUAGUCCCAAUUUUUAUACAUGGUGUACGUAUUUCCUUCCAUAAUCAGUUGUCUUCUAAAGUUAAAUAAUUGAAAAAUUCAAAUUUAAGCCUUAAAAUGAUGGUGAAAUAGAAGUGUUUUCAUUUGUUGUUAACAUAUAUUUCAUGAAGGUAAUAAGUGUUAAGCUCUAUAGUAAUAUUGAUUGCAAUACAUUUUACUCUGUUUGACAAUUAUUUAACAGGAGUAUGUGAUCAGUUAUUGAGGCUUCUUUUAAUAAAGUAAUGUUUAUAGUUUAGAUUGAUCCACUUUUCCUGAAAGCAAAGUCUUCCCUAGAAAUGAGUCUUCCUUAGAGCUCAGGCUUCCCUAGAAAUGCUAUGAAAUGCAAGUAUUUUCUUACUAGACUUGACAUUCAUUCUUGUUAUCAUCCUGGAGUCCGCAUUUCGUCAACAUCUCCUAAGUAGACGACAGUCCGAUUCAAAGUCAAUCUUGUUGACUGAAGAAGAAUACUUUAAUUUGAUUGAAGAAGUCAAGGUUGCACUAGGAGCUGAGAAGAACAUGUUCCGGCAGUAUUACAUUCUACGGAGGUAUGAGAUCGUGCAGUGUGGUGACGUUGAGAAGAUAAUCAGAAAGAGAAAGCCAGAAUCAGAAUCUGCAGUGAGCUAUUUCACUCAUAUUGAUGAGAUGUUUGAUAUCGUAAAUUGUGCCUACAUCUCUACUGGUCAUGGAGGCAGAGACAAAAUGGUAAAAGCAUUAGUGAAAUAUGCAAAUGUCACACGUGAUGCUAUUAAAUUAUUCAAAUCCCUUUGCAUAGAAUGUCAAAAGAAGAGGAAACGUGUUACAACAAAAGGUGUUGUGGUGAAACCUAUCGUCUCCAAAGAUUACUUCCUAUGUCCCGUGUCCCGUGUCAAUUGUCAAAACAAAAAUGCUGAUGUCUUUUAUGUCUGUAAUUUACUUCAAAGUUUGUUACUGUUCUAAAAGUGGGAAGCAGUGUGUUACAAGUUGGGUUUAUUGUGUAACAGCAGAUGCUACUAUUUCAUGUCUGUAAUUUACUUCAAUAUUGAUUUGUAUUUUUGUGCUACGUAGCUGAUACUAUUUCUUUUACAUCAGAACAUCAUGUGUUUUUAAUACUGUUUGAAAUAAAGUCACCUGUGCUUCAA